CCAAUGUAAAGGAAGAAGCUGGGAGUGUACAACACAGAAAUGUGCAGGUUUAUGUACAGCUACUGGUGAUCCUCACUACAUCACGUUCGAUGGAAAACAGUUUUCUUUCAUGGGGGAGUGUAACUACCUACUUACGGAAGAAAUCAGCGGUGCAUUUGCUGUCACGGCUGAGAAUGUACCAUGUGGAACCAAUGGUAUCACAUGUACCAAGUCGGUCAACGUUGACAUCGGCAGUGUUAAAAUACAUCUACUGCGUUACAAGGAAGUUACAGUGAACGGUGUAGAGAUCACACUCCCGAAGAAGUAUAAUACUAUAGAGAUUGCAAGAGCUGGGCUUUUUGUCGUGAUCACAACUGAAAUUGGUCUAACAGUAAUAUGGGAUGGAG